CCAAAAAAUGUUGCGGUCCGCGUCAACGAGUUUGUUGUGACAUUAAAAUUAAAUUUUGAUGCCUGCGUCAGGUCUUGUUUUCGCGUUUAUAGAUCACAUUUCGCAACAAAAAGUGGUGAAAAAGUGGAAUUAAUUUGGCGACAGCUAGUCGGAAAUUGCUGAUAAGCUUGAAAAUGGCAGCCCCACCGCCGGCCGAUGGCGGCAGCACCGGGUUCUACGUGUACGUGGGCAACGUUCCGAAGACCGCCUCCGAGGACCAGCUGCGCCGGUUUUUCGGCGAGUGCCGGGGCAUUGUGGCGUUCAGCUUCCGGCUCGAGGACUGCACCUACUGUCCGACCAAGAUCGCCUUCAUCAAGUUUGCCAACCGCGACGACCAGGAACGGGCGUACGGCCUAAACCAGCAGUUCUUCCAGGGCAAGCGGGUGUUUGUGGCCAGCGUCGACUCGGAGGCCAACUUUACGCCCAAGUUUUCGGUGAUGGUGAAGAACUUGAACGAAUAUAUUACCGAGGAGGACAUUUACGAGCACUUUAAGCACAUCGGAACGAUCGAGUGUGUGCAGAAGCCGGCCAACAAUUACGGCUACGUUUCGUUCGAUCGCUGCGAGAGCACUCAGCGGGCGUUGAUCAUGAAGAACCGGAAUCUGAAGGGCGUUGACAUCGAGAUACAGCAGGUGCGGAGGAACAUCUGCAUCCUGCUGGAGAAGCCCACCGGACCGCAGUUCGGUUCGAUCCGUGAAAAGUGCGAGGAGCUGGGACUGCGUUAUGAGCCGGAAUCGGAGUCGGAAACGAAGCUGCUGGUGACCAACAUUCCGCGCCAGGUGCAGGAAGCGGACAUCCUGGAGUAUUUGGGCCGGUUCGGGAAGAUUGUGGACUGGCAGAUGCAAAAGUCGGUCAUCUCGGUGCUGACGAACAGUGCGUGCGUUACGUACAGUGACGCAAAAACGGCUCGCCGGGUGUUUUUGGGAGGACCGCACUUUUUCCAGGGCGUGUGUCUGGAUGUUUACAACCCACGGAUUACGUACGGGGAGCUGCAGUCUACCACGGCCGUGCUCUUAAAACGGACCAACGUUUUUCUCACCAACGACGAGAUCUACCAGGCGAUGAACGAGUGCGGCCGGGUCAGCUACAUCCAUCGCGUCGACUCGACGCGGUUCUGCACGAUCGUGCGGUUCCGCUUUGCGAUCGCGGUUUCGCAGGCCAUGAGGCUGAAGCAGAUCGCCGGGGAAAACGUAUCGGUCGUGCGAUAUACCGAACCGAAUUAUCUAACCGACACGGCACCGGUUCCGGAAGCGUUCCCCAAGAGUGGCGUCCGGAUGCAGAAGGAGGAAGUUUUGCGCCGUUUGGUCGAGCAGGAGGAGCGUGCUGAGCUGUCCCGGCUGCAAACCGUUCCGAACGAAGCGUACGCCAAUCCAGACGGAAAGUUUUACCGGAAUGAAGUGCAAAUAAUGAACUACCCGAUCGGGACGACUCUCGGCCAGUUCCGGGACUACUUCCGCAAGCACGGCACCGUGAUCAACCUGCGCGAGUUCAUCCAGGGCGACUGCAUCGGAGUGGCGAUCGUGAGCUUCGAUACGCGGCUUGAGGCGCGCCGGGCCUGCUCGAUGAACCAGAACUUUAUGAACGGCAAGCGGCUGCUGCUUCACAUGGCCGACGAGAAGCUGUUCCUGGAUCCGGAGCUGUGCGUGGGCGUGAUGGGACUGACGACGGCCACCACCGACGAGCACAUUUACGAUCGCUUCAGCGAGAUUGGCGCCGUGAAGUUUGUGCUGCGUGAAACGAGUGGCCGGGCGAUCGUUUGCAUGGAGCAUCGGCGCUGGAUGGACACGGCCAUGCGCGUAGUUUUGGUGGGAAAGAGCCGAGUUCAGGUGAGCCGAUUGUUUGGCGGCCCCGGCCCGGGCAAUCCGAACGUGCCAAACAAUCAAUUUCCGCCGCGGCAGAAUGGGCCGCCGCCGCCGCCGCAAGGAAACGGCUGGAUGCCCGGGCCCCAGGGGGUUAUGCCGCGGCCAAACAUGAUGCCGCGCGGACCGGCGCCGAGACAGGUGGUGCCGUCACGGCAGAAUUUGCGCCAGGUUGAAAUUAUGCACGGCAACGGAAGGCCGCCGCUACUCGGGCAGGGUCCACCGAUGCGGCCACAGUUCGGCAACAAUGGUCCGAUGAUGGGGCCAAACGGACCUCCGAUGAUGCAAGGGCCGAUGGGUCCAGGACCGAUGAUGCAAGGUGGACCCCGGAUGAUGGGUCCUAACGGACCUCCGAUGAUGCAAGGAGGGCCUAUGCGUCCAAAUGGUCCUCCGAUGAUGGGCCCGAACGGUCCCCCAAUGAGGCAGGGUGGACCGAUGCGCCCGAAUGGCCCAGGACCGAUGAUGCAAGGUGGACCUGGACCGAUGAUGCAGGGCGGACCCAUGCGACCACCGGGACCUAUGGGAAUGGGACCAAACGGUCCGGGACCGAUGGGGCCGAACGGACCUCCGAUGCCAGUCGUAACACAAUCAAUGAGACGUCUUAUGCAGAUUGUUGAAGUACAAAUGAACGGCAUUCAAGCCUUCAGUCAAAUGCCAAUGAUUGAGCAGUUCAACCUGGUUCAUGGAAUCGUGAACCAGUUCAUCAACUUUCCACAGUUUGUCGGUUUGAGCGCGGACGCCAAAAUCAGCUAUCUAAUCAGUGGCGUCAACGGCUUCAACUACGCAAAUUCCUUUACACUCUUCACCUAUCCACAACAGCAGAAGAUGAUUUCGAUUAUUCAAGCAGACUUUCUCAAAACCGUUAGCGCACCGUCGGUUGUGCCCCCAAAUGAGGCACCAGUCCCAGAACAACCCAACCCUUCGCAAGAAAAUCUCGAAAGUAUCAUAGACAACGACGGCGUACUAGCCCCGUGGCAAACCAUGAAAAAGACCAAAGUGGUAAUCACCAACGAGGAAAAGUCUCCAAUCUCCGAAGAAAUAUCCGCUCAAGAUCGCUUCGAAGAAGCCGAACGACUUCGCAACGCCAGCGAACCAACCGAAGAAAAAGAAGAAGUUCAGAUCCAGGAAACUCUUUCCGUGAGUUCCGGCUCGGAUAGCAUCCCACCGGCUCCGGCUCCACCGAUCAUAGACCUCGCCAAGUCCCGUUCCCGGUCAAAAUCGCCCAUGACCCUGCCCACGCAGUACUGUCGAGUGGCCAGACGUCGAAAGUCUCGAUCACCACGCCGAAAGAGCCGACACAGGUCCCGAUCGCCACGCGGUCGAUCAACUUCCCGCGGUCGUCGAUCGCGAUCCCCCAUUCGCGCCAGACGCCGCUCUCCUUCGCCAAGAUCACGCCGCAAGCUCAGCCCGAUCUCUAGGGCUCUCGAGUCCCGUCCCAUCUCGCACAGCAGCCGUCGGCGUCGUUCGCUGUCCAAGUCACCCCGACGGUACACCCGCGAUCGCAGCCCGGCGCGUCGUAGAAGCCACCGGAGAGAUUCCCCGCCAGCCCGGAGGGUCCGUCGAUCGCGGACUCGAUCACCCAGGCCACACCGACGGCACAUUUCACCACCCGUUAGACGACACUCGCCAAUCAGAAGACCUUCCCCGGUUAGGCGUAGAUCUCCCUCGAUCGUGCGUUCCAAGUCACGAUCCCACUCGUUGUCGCCCAUGUGGGACGAGGAGGUAGCGCUGGACGAGAUGAGCCUGGACGACUUUACCCACGAAAGAUCGGCGUCACUGUCGUUGAGUCCCAUUUCUGACCAGGGUUCACCGUUUGAUGAAGACAUUGCCGAUGAUCGUGGCCAUAGCGCAGAACCAAUAGGAUCUACCAACGAUCGAACGCUGUUCGUGAACAACCUACCCUACGACACGACCGACGCCGACCUGGAGGAACUGUUCGGCAAGUACGGCGAAGUCGUGUCGCACCGGUUCGUGGAGCAUCCGCAGAACUUUGAAACGAAACGGGCGUACGUUACCUUCGAUACGCUGGACCAGGCCGUUCGAGGGCUGGAUCUGCACCUGAAGCGGCACCGCCAGCUUCUUCUGCGCGUUGCGUUCGUCAACAAGCGUCAGAUGUGGCGCGCCGGCUUCGCGGUCAAUGUGACCGUUGCGAAAGAUUACAACGAGCUGCCCAUCUACGAGACGUUCAAGAUGUGCGGCGAAAUCACCUGCCUGUGGACGCGGCUGUUCAACACGAAAAAGUACUGCGUGAUCGACUUCAAGCACCGGGACGCGGUUCCGAUCGCGCUAGAGGUGCGCCAGCUGCACAACGGAUGGAAGUGUCGCGUGACGGCGAUUAUCUGAGCCGGGACGGAGUCCUUCCUGACGGAAAAAAAACUAUGGUGAGUAGGACUGUGGCGAGGGUGGUCACGAAUUGUUUGCAAAGUAUUUGAAAAAAAAAACUUUUUCAGAAUGUUAAACUAACAACUGCAUUAAAUUUCCGCGGUGGAUAAGCUAAGUUUAGUUUGUAGCUUAGUUUUAAGUUUGUUCAGGGCUUACAUAGGAAUCGUUUUACUGCAAGUUUCAGAAGACAGGUGGUACAACUGAUGUAUGUAAACAUGAUGUAACAGUAAGGCAUUAAUCACAUUUGAAAACCUUUGAUUCAAUAUUGAGAAACAUAAGAAUAGACAAAAAAGCUUGUAUGAGGAAUCAAUCAGACUUUUCAAUUAUGUCGACUUUGAAUUUUACUUACUAGAACAUUAGAUUAAGAUUUCACAUGUUCAACCUAUCAAUUGUAGUAUAAGAAAUAUCAUUUAUUCUCUUAACAUAUCAGUUUUGCAUUGUUAAGCAUUUUUAAAACUAUCAAUAUUUUUGGCAAAAGAGUCCUAAAAUAAGACGAUAAAACAAAUACUAAGUAGUGGUCUUGUACCUUUCCUCUUACCAUCAUAAAACAAUGUAAUGAUUGUACUGCAAAUUCUUUUCGAAACCCGGGUCUGUAUAACCGUCUAAAUAGAUUAUCCUUUACAUCAAGGCGCAAAUUAAUCGAUAAUUGAAAUUUAGUGAGGGAAUUAUGAUGAUGCAAUGUAGUAACUAAACAACAAUAUAGACAUCCUAUAUAAAUCAUUAAUAGUGCCUAAGUUCGGAUUAAGUUAAGUUGCAUUUAUUUUAGCUUUGGUUGAAAGAGAAUCAAAUUCAAAAUUAGUUGAUAGUUUCACUAUUAAAAAUAUAGUAGUCAGUGGCUUAGUAUUAAAAUGAUAAUAAAUAAAACUUAUAAAAUAAUA